UCUCUAAUCAAAUUAAAUUUGAAUGCUCUGAUUGGUCAAUAGGGCGAAAAGCGCGAAAUUUGAAUUUUAGAAAUGAAUUAAGAUAGCAAAAGAUUUAUUCAAACAACUUUUUAUUUUGUCUACUGCUCUGAUAUGUUGAAAACUAUAACAUAUCUAAAAUUUAGAGGAUUUCUAUGCGCCAAACCCGAGCAAAGUUAAACUGAUAUAAAAUUACAUGAAAAUGGCACAGGAAUACAUCAAUCGGCGACCUUCUGAAAGACAGCUAUUUCGGCUCUCACAAAGGAAAUGUCAAAACUGUGAUCGGAAACAGCAGUAAUCCAAGCUCACACGGCGAACGCGCCAAAGCGGAGUGUUUUUAUUUCGCCACCAUAAAGAAAAACAAUUUCAUAAAAUCAUGUCGGAGGGUUGUCCUAAUGGCCCGCAUUUGAAUAAAAAGACGAUUUGUCCAUACAGAAAAAAAUUCAUGGAUGUUCGGAGAAUUCGGUUUCAGAAGACGCUCUCUUCGCAGUCUUACAUGGUAGAUAUACUCAUGUUUAGUCUAAAUAUCUCCGCAAAACCUACUUUCAUUCUUAGAAAAAGUAAAGGAAAUAGUUACAGUCAAACUUGCAUGAUCUUUAGUACCGGAUAACACUCAAAACUAGUGAGAACUACAUUUGUAUAUAUGAUAACUAAGCGGCUGCCUUCUUACAACUGCUGCGAAAUUAUAAUCACAAAUUUCAAUUCGUUCGUCUUAAGUUGCACUUAGCUCGACGAAACAGUCUAGAAUGAAAACAAAUCGAAUUGUAGAAUAGUAAAGAUACACAAAAUUCUGAAGUUUCGAAAAGGACAAAAUAACUACACAGUCACAUCAUGCGGUGAUGCGAAAAUUUAUUGGGUUCAGCUUACCUCAAGCUCAAAUCAGGCGGCUUCACAUCGCUUAAAGAAAUUUAAUAUAUUUCUGUAUAAAAAACAAAUCUAUCACUUCCACUCUUUGUGCCCAGCUAUUCUCCACAAUUACUCUGAAUCAUCACUGAAUCAAAGCGAUCUCCUCCUGACAACAUAAACAACCGCUUCGGUCCUACUUGUCCACAUGGCCACUCGACGACAUGUUGAGGACAGAUGUAAACGCUGCUUCAGUAGGAAUUUCACGAUCACUCCGAUGAUAAAAUACAUUGAAUAAAAGCAGUAAACAAUCGAUAAAGGGAAAUAUGUAGAUUUCAGUGAUGAAAUUGACGAGAUUUCUUCGGGCAAAAGACAAAUUUCCUCACAUCUCAAAUAUCGCAUCCAAGAUGGUUCACAACAAGGUCACGCGCGUGUUGCACGUUUUCGGCUCUAACUUUUGAUUGGCGCACAGAACAAUGCUUAAACUUGGUCGUGAGGUAAAAGACAGGAGAAUGGGGAAAAUGAAGCUAAAAAAAGUUGUUUUUGUCACGUUUUUCUUUGUUUUUUCGUCGAUUUUUGGAUUUCAGCCAAUCAGAAGCCACCAUUUAAUUGAAAUUAAAAAUUAAAAGUUAACACCUUUUAAUCGAUUUUGCGUUCUGCCUGCCUAGUUCUUACGCGGACCAUUACUUAAAGCCUAAAGCUUUUUAUUACGGCUAAAUAAAUAUUUUAGUUUCUUUGGUCUUUUCCAACUAAAAUGCCUGGAUCUGGACAACUACAAACCAAGGAGCCUUGGUUUGUAGUUUCUUUGUCACUGCUUUGUCCGUGAAUGUUUUGACGCUGGGCCCGGCUUUUUAACUGUUGUUUGCAGGAUGUUGUAUUUUUACGUAUAGCGCGAUCUUCAGAUUUGAGUUGUAGCUUAAGCUACACCAAGCAAAAAAGUAUGGAGAAUUACUCUGUGCGUCUUCUACCAUAUGCCAUUCAUCGACCACAAUCGCGGACGCCGUUCGAUGUAUUGCGCUGGAGUGCGUUAUUCUCUAACACCGAGUAAUAGAGAAAAUUGAGGUGAACUUUCUCGAAGCACUGAAAUUUACUGUUUCUGUCAUAAGGUCCAUUGCUUUACAUCUCAGCGACACCAUUUCAGAUAUCUGGUCCUCGAUAGUACUUUUUAGAGGGGAAAUUGUGAUCAUACAGGUUUUCGAUGAGGAUAUUUCUUCUUUGGCCAUAGCAAAGACAGUAAAGAUCAUGCUCUUGCCAAAUCUUGUUGACAAAAUUUCCAUGACAUCUCUCCUUUGAAGAAGACUGUAAAUGGCCAUUUCCUGUUUAGGCUUCAAUACAAUUGCCCUAUUUUCCCGUCAAAUAUUCAAGAUCGACGACGCUCCGGUCAACGCUUCUUUGAUAUUUUGAUUUUGUUUUGCGGAGAUGAUUUGUUCAGUCCCUCGAAACUCUCCCAUGGGAGAUUACCAAAAUAUUUGAUUGACAGGCGAACAUUCCGAACCAAUCGGAACGAUCCGUACGCUGGCGUGCGGACCGACUCAAAAAAGCCCCCCGUCCGUGCAGGCGGUUUUUCAAGUUGCUUCCGCUCCAAUCUCCUCGCGGUUUCUCUGCCCUCGCCCGACUUUAUUACUUAGCGCGCCCAACCAAAACCGCCAUGCUACGCAGGCUACUUGACGUACAAAACGAAGCAAAAUUUGAAUUUUCCUUUUUAUCCUUUUUCCCAUCUAUUUAUGCUCAUCCACUUCUUUGAUAAAAAAAAGGACAGGAGUUAAAAAAAUACUUACGUGACCUCACAAGAACAAGGGUAACAAAAAUCUCUCGGAUUUCUUAAAUGCUCCAUUUGCCAGUUAAUUGGUUUUUACAGUGAAGGGCAAUCCUUUUUCCUUCAUGGCCACCAGUAUAAUUAUACCGAGAAUGUGCCUAUAGGCAAGGCAAACCACCAUCUUUUCCAAUUAUUCAUGCGAACGAUUAAACUUUCCCGCCCUUGCCAAAAUUAGAUCAUAUUCGGUGACAUUCGUGCGUGAAAGGUUACAGCUUCUUAGAUGGUUCUUUACUUGGACAACGCACUUAUUUAGUAGAAAAAAAUUGUCUUUACCGCGUGAGGAACCACAAGUAAUAUUUGCUAUCCCGGCAAAGGAACACUUCGCAGGUGCAUGUGCCAUUUUGGUUGUUUGCCAGUAGCGUAGACUGCGAUUUAGGUGGUCAGUGGGCUAUGGACCGCUUUGAAGAAUGACUGAAAGUUCCUCAGUAAUUGAAAAUGGUCUAAAUCUGUUAUUGAAAAAUUUCUGGAGAUAGAGCGGGGCGGAGGGGAAGUCAGUGCUUGUGGAAAACAGAAUAUACCGUAGUCAUUUCUAAGUUUGCAAUCUAAGCGGGGCAGAGCGUCAGUUGUUCCGGAAAAGUCACUCUCAGGCUAUUCAAAGACAUUCACAAGUCGAUUUCUUGGAGUGCAAAGAAGAGACACCUUACAGGUAAUAUUAUUAAUAUAUAGAUUUAGCCAGGGCUAAAAGCGAAGCUCCAAUUUUAAAAAAUUUAUAAUUUAAAUCAAACAAUAAACUUUUAAUCGGCAAAUCAUUUAACUUAAGGGCACAUUCAUGUGACUUUUGAGGGAAAGGCUAAGUUAUUUUAGAGUGAAACAUCUUACAUCGAAUUGAUAACCUUAUAUGUACACCCAAAAAAUAGCAAACAUCUUCGAUCACAUUCAAGAUCACAGUAGAUUAGGCCUCGAAAACAAAUUCUUGGAAAACAAAUCACGCUAAAUUUUUUUGCGUUCGACAGGUUUACUUUACAAAUUCUUGCCAACAAAUCUGGGGGUGUUUAAAACCAACCUUUUAUAAUUUUUAUGUACCACAUUUGAGGUGAAACAGUACUAUUUAUCAUACAGAGCUCGGACAGAAUGCGGUAUUUCACAAUUUUUCAAGACAAAUUGCACUCAGUCAAUAUUCAGGACGAGCCAAACCGUUCAAAAAUUUCCGAAAAUUUCCAAAAUCACUCAUACGGCCAGCUGGUUCUCGUUUCUAUAGUGCGAGCUGUCAGUGUGGUCAAGUGUUUGAAUGAAGUUUAACAGAGUUACGCUUCAACAUAAUAGCGAAUUUAUUAUUAUUUGUUUUGUUAUUAAAUGGUUUCAGUUAUAACGAUGUGUAAUCUUAUAAAGCGUUUGAUACGCGCGACAUUUUUUAGUACUCCUGCAAGCGAUGGUCAUGAACGAUGAAAACAAACGGCACGGACAAGCGAUUAAAAUUGCAAGAGAGACUACUAACAAUCAAAAAAAGAGAUAUAAUUCCGUGAAACAUUUACAGAGACAACAAUUUUCAUUCACGAAGACAAGUAUUAAAGUGUCUCUAAAAAUCCUGAGUCUUUAAGCGUAAAGCUUAAGUUUAUGUUUUAGCCGGCUUCUCGGCGCGGUGUUUACUGUUUUCGAAGGUGAACUCCUCAAAGCAAGAGAGUCGCUCAAAGUUUUCUUUCUACAGCCAAUUUUAUAACUAAAUAUUCUUCGGAACGUUUUCUUUCUAUUUGUGGUCAGCAAAUAUAGCUGAAGGCUUUUUAAAGUUCUGUAAGCUUAUAUCAAACCUGAUACUAGGUCAGAUCAUUGACUCAAAUCCUACAAACGUGCAUAAACUUGCGGCGUAAACUGUCAGCGUGAACUGUGCAAGACUUCAUGAAAACAUCAAAUACAAUAAUUACUUAGGCUUACCAUUCGAGAUUCAGUUCCUGAUAGCUAUCAAGGGAGGCCACAGUUGCUUGAGACUUUUAAAUCCUCUUACGCAUUAAGCAAGGUGAAAAACGAAAACGAUGCCAUCCGAAAUCGAAUUACCGAAUUUUGACAAGCGACGCAUUUCUCAACCAAGACCCAGUAAACAAACCAGCCAUGAAUAACAGAAGGCUCUUGAUAGCAGCUGUAUUUCAUUUUGUACAUCCAGAGGAAAAAGAUAGUUAAAAACAUCACAAGUUGACUCAAAACUCUGUCAGCUUCAGCUGUCAAAGUAAACUAUUUUCAAGAUGCUGCAUAUUUUCCGCAUGAACUCACCUGUCAAAUUUUGACCAAUCAGAGUAUAAAAAUUGGACGUAGAGCGUGACCAACGCGUGACCAUGGUAAGAUAAGGUCUUCCCCGCCUGUACUUUUAAAAAAACUGGAUGAAUUUUCGCUU